UUGCCACUGUUUCUCCGUAUAGCCACCAACUGACCGCUCCCUCUCUCUCACACCAGAACUCACUAUCUCGCUCUGUAUAUACAAUAGAUCUAGAGAAGAUCUGGAGACGGAAGAUUACAGAGUGAUGGAGCCUGUGAUGGAUAACAAUGCGACGUCGUCUCCACCACAGACGCUGCUCGAGAGGCUUAAAGAUUAUGGACAAGAAGACGCUUUUGCCCUCUGGGAUGAGCUCUCUCCUGAAGAACGUGAACUUCUCGUCAAGGACAUCGAGAGCAUAGAUCUUCCAAGGAUGGAUCGGAUCACUCGAUGUUCAUUUCAGUCACAAGGGCUUCCGGCAGCAGCGAUAGAGCCAGUGCCAGAGAGCAGUGUAUCAAUGGUAGAGGAGCGUACAAUGGAAGAAAGAGAGAGGUGGUGGAAAAUGGGAUUAAAGGCCAUAUCAGAUGGGAAGUUGGGUGUGUUACUUUUAUCUGGUGGACAGGGGACUCGCCUAGGGAGUUCAGAUCCAAAAGGAUGUUUUAAUAUCAAACUUCCAUCUGGUAAAUCACUUUUCCAGCUGCAAGCUGAGCGAAUAUUGUGUGUCCAAAGAUUAGCAUCUCAAUCAGUCAACGAAGGUUCUACAAGUUUUAAGCCGAUACAUUGGUACAUAAUGACUAGCCCGUUCACUGAUGAACUCACCCGCAAAUUCUUUGAAAGCCAUAAAUAUUUUGGCCUUGAACAAAAUCAAGUCACCUUCUUCCAGCAGGGAACAAUACCUUGUGUCUCUAAGGACGGAAGAUUUAUCAUGGAGACUCCAUACAGAGUUGCUAAGUCUCCUGAUGGAAAUGGUGGAGUUUAUUCAGCUUUGAAAUCUUCAAGGUUGUUGGAAGAUAUGUCCAUGAGAGGCAUUAAAUUCUUAGAUUGCUAUGGAGUUGACAAUGCUCUGGUACGUGUUGCUGAUCCAACUUUUUUGGGUUAUUUCAUUGAUAAAGGUGCCUCUGCUGCUGCAAAAGUGGUCCGAAAGGCAUAUCCACAAGAGAAGGUUGGUGUUUUUGUACGGCGAGGUAAAGAUGGACCGCUUUCUGUGGUUGAAUAUAGUGAAUUAGACCCCUCAUUGGCCAGUGCUAUAAAUCAGCAAACUGGUCGUCUUCGCUUUUGUUGGAGCAAUGUAUGCCUACAUAUGUUCACGUUGGAUUUUCUAAACCAAGUAGCAAAUGGUCUCGAGAAAGACAGCAUCUAUCAUCUAGCAGAGAAGAAAAUUCCUUCGGUUCAUGGACAUACAGUAGGAUAUAAACUUGAACAAUUUAUAUUUGAUGCGUUUCCUUACGCUCCUUCAACUGCCCUUUUUGAGGUACUGCGUGAAGAAGAAUUUGCACCAGUGAAAAAUGCCAAUGGGUCAAAUUUCGAUACUCCAGACAGUGCUCGUCUGCUUGUCCUUCGUCUACAUGCUCGUUGGGUGGUUGCUGCAGGUGGCUUCUUGACACAUUCAGUGCCUUUAUAUGCUACUGGUGUGGAAGUUUCACCACUUUGUUCAUAUGCUGGAGAAAACCUUGAAGCUAUUUGCCGUGGAAGAACGUUUCACGCACCUUGUGAAAUCUCAUAUUAGUUUAGAUUAUAUUUAGGGAUUUUGAAACUCAAUUUGAGCACAUUUUUCUCUUUUUGUUCAUUAAAUGAGGCUUGUACUUGUCACACAUUAUGUUUCGGCAAUGGUGAAGGAAGUUUGUUUAAUAAAUAAGAUCCAAUGAAUCUAUUUACUUUGGUUUA